AUGGAAUCAAUUAUUCUUGGAAUCAAAUAGGGAGAUCUUAAAUAUUUUGAUGAUUCAAUUGAUUUAUAAACAUUGAUACCUUAUAAGAUUCAUACUAUAAAGAUCUUUUAUACAAAUUAAGGGAUUUUGGGAAUACAAAAUUAUUAUUAUUCAUUUAGUUCUCAAUCAGUCAUAAAAUGUAAAGAGCAUAAGUAUAUUUGUAUUUUGAUAAUAGAUCAUCAAAAAUGUUUGGUGUAAAUGAACAAAAAUUAGUUAUGGAUAAUAGUGAAUAUAUCAUUUCAUUAACAUGGUAUUAAAAUGAGAUUGGCAUAAAUCGAUUGGAAAUUUAGACAAACAAAUAAUAAAUUUAGAUUGGAUAAAAGGAUGGAGAAAAGAAGGAAUUUAAAAUGGAAUAAAAUUAUUAAUUAGGAGCAAUAGCAGGAGGAUAUAAAUAAUAAUUAUAAUUUUUAGAAUGGUAAAUAAUUCCAAUAGUUGAACAAUAAGCUUAAUAUUAAUCAUAAUUAUAUCAAUUAUAUUUAUCUUAAAAUGAAGGAAAUUAAUAAAACACCAAGUUUGAAUAUAUAGGUAAAUAAUAUAGAGUAUGUGAUCCAUAAAUUAUAUAAUAAGGACUUACUAAUAAAUUUGUUUAAUUUCGUAUAGUAGAUAAUACAGAACAAGAAGUGAUAAGAAGGUUUUAGGAUGUUUUAUAAUUACGAUAAAUAUUGCAGUUGAGAUGGUAUAAUAAGCAGAAUAAUAUAAGUUUAGGCCUGGAGUAUAUAUUCCACCAUUGAUGAAUAAAUCAACUUUUGAGGAUUACUCAAAUGAACAUAUAGAGAACAUUAGGAAGGCUAUUGAAUACUUUUUGAUGAAAUUAUCUAAGAUAACUUAUUUUGCAUAAUCAAUAGAAUUUAAUGUUUUUAUAACAAAAACAAAUAAAGAUAGCAAUUAAGAGAUGGAAUAUGUACAAAAUAAAUUAAAGGAAAUGACUCAAUAAACAAGCAUUGAUUAGAUUGAUUUAAGAUAUAAAUAAAGUUUUGAAGAAUUUGAAACAAAAGAAUCAGUUAAUGAAUAGUAGAGAUAAAAAUGUAAUGAUUUUUCAAUUUUGAUGUCAAAAUUAGAAUAAUUAAAGAUUGGAGAUUUUUCAGAUAUUAAAAAGCUAUUUGAAUAACAUUCUAAGAAUGUAAAUUACCUAUCUAAAUAUAUUCUACCUGAAUUGCAUUUGAUUCAUCUUAAUUUAUAAUCAGAGGAAUUUAUUUAAAGAAGAAAAUCAAAUUCUAUUGAUAGAGGUUUAUAAAUGUAAAUUGAUACAAUGAAUGAUGUUUAUGAUUAUUUUGUAACAGAAUAGAGAGAAGCUAAUGCUAUGUCUUAAUGCAUGAAUUAUAUCAAAGAUCUAGAAUAAUAGAAAAAUAAAUUAGAAUAGAAGAUUAUGAGUUAAAAACUUAAGUAAGAAGAAUUAACCAUUAUUAAAACUUAAUUUUAGUCUAUUUCAUCUAUUUGGAGCAUUUUAAUAAAAUCAUAUGCUAAUUAUUUUAUUGAUAAGUAAAAUAAGAUUAAUAAUAUUUUUAGUUAUUUUAAGGAAAGAUAUCAAUUAUAUCUUUUGAUGAUAAAUAGAUUAGCCUAAAUAUAAUUGAAUAAUUUGAAAUUGAGAUAACAUUUUUGGCAGUCCAUUUGA